UCGAUGUAGAACAGAGGCAUGCAUUGAGAUAAACGUUUACAAGUUUAUAAAUUAUAAGGUUGUGCUGCAAACUAUCAAUCUACAAUUCAAUUGUGUAUUGAAAAGAACUCUGUUACUUGCUUUAAUUAUUUCACAUUGAAACACAUUAUUAUUGAGGAAAAUGACUAUUGUAGAAGAAAUGGACGAACCUGUAUUAUCAGAUACAAAUUGGAAAGAGGAAGAAUCGACUCCACUUAUACCACCAGUUCAAAAAUCUGAACAAACAGAUAAAUUCACAUGUUCACGUUUUCUUAAAAGCCUGACAAUCGAACCGUUUAUGGCUCUCUUCAUGUUCUCUUAUGUCGUGGGACGUGUAUGCUCACAAAAUAUCUUUAUAGAUAAAGCUUGUCUGAAUAUUUACGGAUUUUCUGCUAAUGUGUGUAAUAAUAUCGAUAAUUAUACCAAAGAGAAACAACAAGUAGAAACGACUGCAGACAACUAUAACCUAUAUAACACAUUAAUACAAACUGUUCCAGCGGUAUUCUUUUCUAUGGUUAUAGGACCUUGGAGUGACAAAUAUGGAAGAAAAUUGCCCGUGUUAUUGGCAAUAAUUGGUUUAGGAUUAGAAAACGUUGGUAUUAUAUUAAAUAUAAUUUAUUUUGACGCCCCGUUAUAUUGGAUGGUUAUCAGUGCCUUGCCUUCAGGAAUAUCUGGAGGUUUCACAGUAACCUUGAUGUGUAUGUACAGUUUAAUCUCCGAUCAAACCACCAAGAAACAAAGAACCAUAAAAUAUGCACUCCUAGAAUUAGCGUAUGGUGUGGGUAUUCCACUUGGCACAUUUAUUGGUGGAAUGGUUUAUAAGAAGUAUGGUUAUAUAUACGUGUAUAUAAUAGGAAUAGUUUCGCAAGUAAUGGCUAUAAUGUGGUUAAUUAUAGUUGUUAAAGACAGUAGAAACUUACGGAAUGCUUUGAACGGUAAAAUUGUUUGUGAUUUAUUCUCUUUCCAAAACUUUAAAGAAAGUUAUCAUACAGUAACGAAGCCUCGGCCGAACGGAACUAAAUUGGAAAUUUUGUUAUUGAUAGGUUCAAUGUGCGCUUUAAUCUCUACUUAUACAGCUAUAAGCGGAUUUGCAUUUUACUUUGCCAAGGAAAUGUACAGUUGGGACGUAACUACUUACUCUAAUGUUAAUUCUGCAUUCCUUACUGCUGGAAUGUUUUUUGUCGUUUUUGCCGUACCUCUUCUCGUAAAAGUUUUGAAAAUGAAAGAUUAUUGCUUGGGUAUAAUUGGCAGCAUCUCCAUGUUUUUAUCAGAUAUUGUUAAAGGAUUUGCAUACGAAUCAUGGCUAUAUUAUCUAGGUAAUGCUCUUGGUAUAUUCGGCACUAUGGGUAUGUUGGCAGUGAGAGCCAGACUCUCUAAAAUUGUAUCAGAAGAGGAGUUAGGUAAAAUCUUUGCAUUUUUAUCAUCUUGCGAAUCUCUAGUUCCUGUUGCUGGUAAUUUAGUAUUUACUCAGAUAUUUAAUGCUUCCAUCCAUGUGUUUCCCGGUAUGUCAUACAUAAUAGCAGGAUCUAUCAUCAUACUUCCAAUUAUUGUUUUUCCGUAAGUAAAUUAUUGUAUUUAGGGGCCAUCCAUAAAUUAC